CCUCUGCCCGCCACAAUCCGUUUGAUAGGGCGAUUAAUCGACUGCUCUGCGUUCAUUGGAUGCUGCAGCUAUUUAUUUGCGUUUGACGUUCGAUUGUGUCUUGUAUGAUUUCUCAUUCAUUCUGCAUAAAGCAAGACCGCGGGCAGUGUGAAAGGUGUGCCUGGGCUUCUAGGUGUUGCCGAGACAGUCGUCCGACCGAUUGUGUUGAGGUGUCGUGAUUUAGUGAAGCGUACUGUGCCUGUGUGUUUAGCAUAUGUAAUAGAGUUCCAGCGUAAGAUUUAUAACCACGCACUGAAUUUGAAAGGCGAUGCCGUGCGCCGUUCCGGGUUGCGUAAACAAAGGAAGUACAUCCACGAACCGUCUCUUGCACAGGAUACCUAAGAACGAGCCAGCAAGAGGCACAUGGCUCAAACUGAUUGGCCGGCAUGAUGUUCCUCCUGGCGUUGGAUUAAAAAUAUGUCACCUCCAUUUCACUCCUGACGACUAUGUGAGGAACAUAAGCCUUGCGCGCUCGUUAGGGGUGAACUUCGACGCUGUCUUGAAACGUGGGGUUACUCCGUCGCUGAAUCUACCAGGCGCAACAAGUCAGUCCAGCAAACGGCGCAAGACUGAAGACCGGCGUGCAGCUGCUUCUACUAGCGCCGAUUCGAAACCAAGGGUUACUCAGCCGUAUAGCGAGGAAGUUUUGCAGACAGUUCCCAAAACAGCCGUGGAGCAUGACACACCUAGUGUUCCAGCAGUGCACAGCAUGGAGAUGUCCACAUUUGCAAAGCAGCAAAGUGCGCAAGCUUUGCAAGAGCAACACUUGAUGCGCCAAGAUAUCCCAGCUUCAAAUGAGGAGGCACAUGACAAAACUGUUGACAAGUCUGUGAUACCUGAAUGCCCCAUGAGGGCUGAUGCAGCGAUCCAGACAAUGUCGAUAAAGUACGACACGGAAGGUACGCAGGUGGACUUCUGCGUGAAAUCACGGAGGGAGACCGGCGUGCAAGUGAAUCUCGUGGAUAACCCACAUCCUCCACCGUCACCAAUCCGGUGCUGAAUACCAACACUGCAGCAAUGUGAGAUCACACAAGAUGCCGCAGAUACCACUGUACAUGAUCUCACCCUACUGGAUGUCUCAGAUGAUGGCUCACCGUGCAUGCAUAGUCUCGACAGCACAUUCAGGUCCUUCUGUGUUCAUACUUUCUUUCUCUACCAACGAUCAUAUCUGCUUCCAGCCAUAAAGCAAGUAAGAUUUGUGAAUUGACUCCCACCUCGUUAGUUUUGUUUGCUGAACUUCUUUUCGUGCAGGUGUGGACAAGACAUCAGACACAAGUGCUGGCAGAAAUACAAGGGAAAGAGUCGCACUUCGCUGGAGAUGGUCGCUGCAACUCCCCCGGCCGUAGCUCAAGGUACCACAGCUUCCAUGACGAACACCCGAAUAAAAUUGUGUACAGGUUCAGGUGAGAGAAAUCCUUAUCCUCAAUCUUAGCCCUCUUAUUUAAUCUGGAGCUACGAUGGAACUAUGUUUAUCCAUGGCUUUCCUUGACAGUCAAAGGAAGUAGCCUCAAGUUCUCACAUGGAGCUGGAAGCAUUACAAAAGGGGCCUGGAGGAGCUGGCAGACUACAACGUGCUGGUAAAACCUUUCGCCACGAAUCGCCACCCCGGAGUGAUCAAAUACAUGCGUACCGCACAUCGAAACAUUUGUCACCAGUUCGAUGUGUGGCACGUCACAAAAUGUACACCUUCUUUGCAGAAAGUCAGUGUGAACCAAAAUAAUACCGUAAAUACCGCACAAGCUACCACCCACAACUGAAAGCAAUUAGAGGACUGAGCAGAGGCACUGAAGCGUACAAGGAGCGUUCAAGUCAAACCGGGACUUUCUGUGUCCUCAGUGUACAAAUGGCUCGUGCUACUUCUUUUUCGACUUUUUCGCACGCGACAGGCCUCCGCGUUCACCACAUGGUGGUCCAAAGUUUGUGCAAAACACAAGACACAUGCUGGACAAGAUGGCCGACAACAAGGUGAGCGCCCACAUCGAACAGCAAAUUGUCAUGAAGUUUCUCGUGAAUGAAGGCGUAAAGUCAUCUGAAAUUCACGGAAGACUUCAGGCUCGCUAUGGCCACGAUACACUUAGCCGCAGCAAAGCGUUUGAGUGGUGCAAAUGGUUCCGAGAUGGCCAUACAUCAGUGCAGGACGACACCGGCCGGGGCAGCUCAGAGCUCAGUGAGUUCCUGAGAACAUCCAACUUGUGGAGCGCCUGAUCCUCAAGGACCGACGGAUUACAAGUCUUGAACUGGCUCGAAAGAGGGACCUUUCUGUGGGAACGUUGAACACUAUCAUUCAUGAACACCUCCAGUUUCGGAAAGUUAGUGCCCGUUGGGUCCCGAGGGAGCUCUCCGUGUUUGACCGGCAGAGAAGACUGGAAAUCUCCCAAGAGCUAAGGUACUGUUUCGAUACUGAAGGACAGCCGUUCUUUGAUCGGAUCAUCACGUGCGAUGAAACGUGGGUGCACCAUUUCACUCCUGAGUCUAAACGCGCAUCAAAACAGUGGAAGCAUCCGGGCUCGCCAGCUCCCAGAAAGUUCCGAAGCACCCCGUCUGCGGUUAAGGUCAUGGCGACGGUUUUCUGGGACAAGGCUGGCGUUGUUCUUGUUGAUUUUCUGCCCGGUGGUACCACCAUCUAUUGUGCAUAUUACUGCCAGGUUCUCAGGGAUGUGCAUGAGGUGCUGAAGCCAAAGUGGCCGGGCCUCAUCACCAAAGGAGUCCUCUUCCUGCAGGACAACGCAUGUCCACAUACCGCGCAUCUCACGACACGCACCUUACAGGAACUUGGCUGGGAGUUGCUGCCACAUCCCCCUUACAGUCCAGACCUCGCCCCCAGGGAUUUCCAUCUCUUCAGGCCACUGAAGGCGUUCCUUGGGGGCCGCCACCUAAGCUGCAACGACGAGGUCAAGAAUGCGGUCCGAUCAUGGCUGCUACGCGCCGGUAAGGAUUUCUACGCUGCUGGAAUCCAAGCCGUCG